GGGGUCGACCUUUGAACCGGCAUGCUUUGAUCUUCGAUCUCUCUUGAUCUGGACGUAUGACAUCAUCGACUCUACCAUUUAUAAGACGACCAAGCAGCGAGUCGCUUCAUCAUUUUUAGAUAAAAUCAAAGUUCAGCAUUGAUCUGUAAACAGCAGUGCGAAAAAAUGACAACGGGCGAAUCACAGAAAAUGUUCAAAAACACAUUUCAGAGUGGAUUUUUGUCAAUACUAUACAGCAUUGGAAGCAAACCUCUUCACAUAUGGAAUAAGAAGGUAAUAAAUGGCCACAUCAAGAGAAUCACAGACAAUGACAUUAACUCACUGGUGUUGGAGGUCGAAGGGACGAACGUCAGCACCACCUACAUAACGUGUCCUGCAGACCCAAAGAAGACAUUGGGCAUCAAACUUCCUUUUCUGGUCAUGAUCAUCAAGAACCUUAAGAAGUAUUUCACCUUUGAAGUCCAGGUGUUGGAUGAUAAAAACGUCCGGCGGCGCUUUCAGGCGAGUAACUAUCAGAGCACGACACGAGUGAGUCCGUUCAUGUGCACCAUUCCCAUGAGGCUGGACGAGGGCUGGAGCCAUAUUCAGUUCAACCUGUCCGACUUCACCAGGAGGGCGUAUGGAACUAACUAUAUUGAGACGCUGCGAGUACAGAUCCACGCGAACUGUCGAAUAAGGAGGGUGUUUUUCUCGGACAGACUUUACUCGGAGGACGAGCUCCCAGCAGGGUUUAAACUCAUCCUGCCUGUCCAGAAUGAAAAGGCCACGUAGACCUUUUCAACCUGAACCCCUUCCCCGUCGCCUGAUGUGAAGUCCAGCUUCUGUGUGUAGAGAUAUGAUGUGUACUUGUGUGUAUUGCUGCCCUGGCAGAAAAGGAUCAGUUUCACGUUAGGACGUGAAAACGUAUUGUUAUAAGAUGAAACGUCGGACGGAUAGUCCCCAUUUACACGAUUUGAUAAAGUUCUACCUCAUGCUUGGGUUGAGGCGUGCGUAACGUUGGUGGGCCCCGCUCAUAAAUGCAUGUUCCAAAACCACAAAAAUAUGAAUCAAUGUGUGCACAUGUUCAACUGUUUAUUUUUGCAAACGCAACCAUCACAAAGUGAAUAAAUAUGAAUAUUUUA